AUGUCAUAUCUAUUACCAAGAACUCUAUGCAAGCAAUCGGUUGCAAGAUCAGCCUUAUCUUCAACUUUGUUGAAGACCCAUACUCCAUUGCUUUCUACAAGCAGCUUAAUAAAGAUAUCUAGCUUCCACACAACCUCACCUGCUAAUUUCAAGAUUCCAUUAUUACCAAUGCAACCACAAGUCCCUGGUGGUGUUAUUGGUGAUGUUAAUGAAGCUUUCAUCCCACAACCAGUUAAUAAGUCAACUGGGUCUCACCAUUGGUUCUUUGAAAGAGCUGUAGAAAUUUCAGUAUUGCCAUUAGUUACAGCUUCUUUGGUAACUGGUGGUGAAUUAGGUGCUGUUACUGAUGGAUUAAUGGCUGCUGCAGUAUUAGUUCAUUGUGGUUUGGAACUAGAAUCAUCCAUUGAAGAUUAUAUUCCAAGAAGAUUAUACGGGAAUUGGCACAACUAUUGUAUAUGGAUGUUGUAUGCUGGUUCUUUAGUAUCAUUUUACGGGAUCUAUCAAUUUGAAAAGAAUGACGUUGGAUUUUCAAAGACUAUCAAAGCUUUAUUCACAAAUAAUGAUUCUGAAUUGAUCAAGAAGGAUGCAAAGGAGUAA